CUGAAAGAAACCAACAUUGCAAUCUCAAGUGUUUUUUCACGUGAGAGUCUCCAAACAUCAACACAAUAAAUUCACGUGCUUUUCCUUUGGUUUUGACAUGACUUUCAUUAUGAAUGCAUGUGAAAACCGCAUUCGUUUCAUCAAUUUUUAUCCACUAUUUUUUCAUUGGAUUUUCAUGUUUGAUUCAAGUGAAUUGCUCUUGGAUUCACCCCAACUGCCCUAUACAAUGAAGUUCAUGUGUAAAGCACGUUACUUUGACUUGAUUUGAUUUUGAGUGUGAAGGCACAGGCACAGGCAAUCAAGAUGGCGCGUGAUCACGACGAAUCAUUUGCACGGUUCAAUUUCCCGGACCAAAUUGUUAAUUUUCUCCUUGAUGCUCAGGUUGACCCCGAUAAUCCGGAUAAAAUUGUUGAAAUCGAAACACAGCAGCCGCUUCAAUCAACAUCCGGAACAAACGCUGAUCAUUCACUGCGCCGGACCGGAGGAGCGCACCAGCGGCUUCAAUCAACAUCCGGCAAAAACGCGGACCAUUACCCGCACGCGCCCGGCGGAGCGCACCAGCAGCCGCAAUCAACAUCUGGCUGGGAAAAGAUUCCGAAUGAAGAGGGCGGAACGGAACAGGUGCUGUUGGGAUAUUUUGUCCGAUCGCCACCUUGCCCCAGAGGCGCUCAGAUACCUGCUGCGAACGAGAUACAGCAGCCGCUUCAAUCAACAUCCAACAUUCAAUUGAAUUCGAGUGCUGCAGGUUAUUUGAUUUUAAAUAAAAUUCUACGUAAAAAUUCAAA